AUGUCAGCAGCACAACGCAUCAGCCAAAGAGUGGCGCACUCAGCUGCUCGCAGCACUGCAUCCGAGGCCGACAUUAUGUCGAUGGGUGAGCCGUCCGAGCUGCUUGCACGCUUGCAAAAAAUCCGUGCUCGCUCCACAGCUACCACCCAGGGAUGCUCGGUCUCCUACGCCCCUCGUAGCGACGUUUCUACAGCGGAAAAUCAACAUUCAGAUGGAACACAGAACCCAGCCAGCUCUCGUGAUGAGCUCGAAUGGAAAGAUAGGCUGCUCACAUGGACGAGAGGCAACACGCUGAUGCGAACAUUUUCCUUCUCGAGCCCAGUGCUGCAAUCCUUCUGGACUCUCUUCCAAGUAAGCUCCCCAGACACCAUCCUCGUAGCGCCUGGAAAAGCACGCAUCAAUCAGCACGCAGAUUCUUUGGUAAGAGCACUCUGUGUCUUUUUCGAGCAGGCAGUACACAUUCACUUCCCCGGUACCGGCGAGCAGGUAGACAUGGACCUUCCCUUCCGCUUCUCCAAAGCAUUUCCUGCUCCCGUCGGAGUUCUUAUCCAGCGUCAAAUCGAACUUGAGGACGAGCGCAUCGCAUCGAGGCUGCGGCAACCUGUAACUGCAUCGUCCCUACCUCAAACCUCGUCCAACGCCGGCUUCCCUUUCCCAGACCUCUCGAACUCUUCCGACUCAGUCUACAACCUGUCCAAUAUCCUCGACGAAUACGAUCUCGCAUCGACGUCACAAAUUCAUCAGGAUCCUGCCCGCAUCUUACCUAUGGUCUUCUAUCUAUCACGAUGCUACGAUGAUCUCGUUCCGGUCGACCGUUAUCCACAGCUUUCCUAUUCCGCCUCGCCUGCCACCGACCCCAAGCCGAUGACACACGGACCUGUAUUGCCCUUUGGCGAGAUGGAUGAAGUCGUCGCUUUUGUAUCUUCGCGUAAUGAUCCGCGGUAUCCGUCAUUCAUAGUCACCAAAAGCGUCCAGAACUCGGCCAUCCGCAUUUACGCUUUCACUGCUCGACCAGACGCCCUUGAGGCUACACCGGCCUUGCUCUCCACACACCCCGUCCAUUCGUCUCUUGGCAUGACUGCGGUUGGCGAUCAUGGUGUGACAAACAUCGCCGGUCCACAGUCAUUGACCGCUAUCGAUAGCCAGGUUGAUGACAGACAUGGCGCGACAAAACAUGCACGUACUCUCUCGGAUACACCUGGUGCUCCUAGCAGCACCACCCUCGGCAGAGGGUUCCCAUCUACUCUCCGGAGAAGUGCCCGCAUCGACCUUGAGAGGCGUACCAGUGGUAUCGCUUCAGCUGCAAUGGGAAGAGAUCCGAGCGGUCGAAGUCGACGCAUCAGUGCCAUGCAUUCUGGUGCAUCCGAGCGUAGAUCUUCUAGCCGCAAGGACGAACAGGCGACUCAAGCACGAGAUCGCACGCUAGCCAACAUCUCACAUACCGCAGACGGCCUUCGCUUUCAGUCCCAGGCGUAUCCACACGAAGCCAUCAUGGACGAUCUUGGCGCUGCCGGUACGAGCAUGCGUAUAUCCACCAACCCAGCAACAGCCGCUCGACUUCGCCGCAGCUCGCAGGCAGCACCUCGCACCCCCUAUGGCGGUCCUCGAAAUUCGAAUCGCGCCUCAAUAUCAGCUGCCAAGUCGAGACCAUCAAUGAAUCUCUCUCGCCUAGACACCAGCGUCGACCCAACGCGUUUCAGCUCUGCCAUCCCCACUGGAACUAUCGAUGGAAUCCGCGCAGACGCCAUAGAUGUUGAGGCUGGUAUCGCACCCGAUGAUGACGAUGUUGACUUGGCUCAAAUCGCCGACAUGGACGGGUUUGCGCGCAGCUUUGCCUGUGUAUGCCUUUUGGAUGAGAUAAAGCUUCCAGGGGCGAGCGUAGCCUCCGACUUGGCUGGUCUGCGGGUGAGCAGCGCUUCGUUCGAUCGCGUCGAUCCGGACGCCACCUACCUCUUCCUCUCAGUGCCUCACCUUGAACAAACAUUUUGCAGAAGACUCGGCUUCCAGAGGCUGGAAUCUCGUGACUCGUAUCGAAAUCUGCCCUUCUGCAAAACACCUAGCAAGCUGCAGGCUUCUGCGGUAAUUUCGUGCUCUGCCCUCUUGCCUCUCCAAGUGAUGGGCUCAGACUCCACAGAGGUGCUAACAAUAUCCCAAAACGGAGUAAUUCAGCUCCAUCUUGGUCCUCCUUCCUUGAGUAGGCCAGCGCUCGACUUGAGCACGUUCGGUCCUGUGACACAGGGCCUCGAACAGCUUGCUACAACCGCCUCUUCAGUGGAUCUUCAAGCAGCGGUGAAAGGAGGCGUAUCCAGUGUACAGCUCAUAUCCGCAGAGUCUGAUGAAAGUAUCGAUGUCCAGCUUGACUUUCGCUCAACAUGCACAAUCACUGCUCGAGUAUUGAGGGUGAUUUCACAGACUUUGCCACAUCAACUCGCCGCAAAAAUCAAAUCCCGAUGGAUUCAAACGCGCUUCCUCACAGGUGCCAGCCCACGUCCACCGCACGGGCAGGCUGCGAUAAACAAGGACUGGACUUCCCUGGUGCAAGUUCUCACUUCUUCAUUGUCGCCUCUACGCGCUGAUGACGAAACGGCUGGAGGACUCAUAGCUCAUCGUUUGUUUGGAAAUGACCCGCUUCUGCAUGGUCUCUCCAAGCUUGACUCUAUCGACUUUGAACAGAAGGGUGUGGAAUCAGCAACUCCGAUCAAAGAUGCUCUGCAACAGGAGGAGGCCCAAUGCAUCCUCUUGACGCUCUACUUGCUGGCAGAGGAGAUGCGUCUCGACAAUACGCAUUCAGAGGAAGGGGUGAGGAGAGUCGUACACGUUGCCGUUGCUGUGGCUCAGCGCCAUCAAGCUUCUGGCUGGGUAGAUGCGCUUCGGACUCGCCUUGUGCCAACUCGCAUAGAAGCCGAAUUUGUGCCGACUAUAGUGCCGCUUGGGAACACAGUAAGGAGCACCACCGGUCCUCCGGCGAAUUUCUACCACGUGCUUCUUGAUUUGGCAUGGGCCGGCGGCGAGCAAGUCGAUUCUGUUGACAGCUGGAUCAGAACUGGCCGCACAUCUGUGCAGGUCGCUAACGCAGCUUCCACAUUCCCGGUGCUGGACGCCAUCCUUCGCACAUAUGCCAUCUUCAGACAGGCCACUAUCGAUCGUCAAGAUGUGGCGACAGCAAUUGUUGAAAGCAUGAUCAAGCUCGGCCUUGAUCUGGAAAAACUGCGCAAGCUACCCUUUGGAAUCUCGGUCCCGCUAUAUCAGGCGAUCCGACACUGCCAGAUCAAGCCUCCGAGUGAGAAGAGCGCCGAGUUCUACCACAUGGUACAACGGGAAGAAAUCGCUCUCAACACGUGUAGGCAGCGAGGCUCGUUGAGCACGGCAAAUGCUCGAAAGAUUCCGGAACAGCUGAUCAGAACGCUCCCCAAGGAUGGGCCUUUGGACGCCAUCUGUGCCCAACUCUUCAGUCGAGAUUUUCGUCUACGUGAUGUUUUGGCAAUGCUCAAGACUGAUACAGUUAAUUCGGUAUACGUUGCUGAAGGCGAAAAUCAGACCGAAGCUACCAUCAUGGAGCAGCACAAUGCUGCAGUGGCGGCCAUAGGCGAACGUACCAAAGCACUUUCUCCCGGCCGUGCUAUGCUGUUCAUGAUGUCGCGGCAGUUUUUGCCGACGCACAAGUGGCGCAUCCCGUCUAUCUGCUUAGCAGUCAAAGUGAGACCACGCGGGAUGACCAUCGAGCCUGACAACAAGGCAGAUCCUGCCGGUUUGGACUGGCCCGAGUUUCACAAUGGCGUAGCAUCGGUGCUAGAGCUCAACCUGGCUGACAACGUCACGGUGGACUCGAAGUGGAUCUUUGCUCAUCUCGGGGAACAGGUCACCGCACGCCAUGCAGGCUUCUUGUUCGGACUCGGGCUGAUGAGGCAGCUUCCCACAAUGACCCCUGUGCAUGUUUUCCGGUAUCUUAAGAUGCGCAACAAUCUGCUCACGAUCGGAUUUCUGCUCGGUAUGGCUGUAUCCACCGUCGCUACGGCAGAUCCCACUGCAAGACACUUGAUCGGCAUGCAGCUCACAGCUUUUCUCCCAUCGGGCUCAGCUCCACUGAAUCUAUCAACCAUCACACAGACUGCUGGUCUCCUGGCCAUGGGGCUCGUUUUCCUGGGCAGCAACCACCGCUGGACUGCCAAGCGAAUGCUCGAUCAGAUCGGAGCGCAAGAGUCUCCUACUCCCAACAUGCAGCCGCAGCACCGCGAAGCGUACUCCUUGUCGGCAGGGCUGGCGCUUGGACUCGUGUACAUGGGCAAGGGCCGAGGCAAUGGCAUGAAGAGUCUACCCGAUAAGCGCAUUAUUUCGCGCCUUGUGCAUCUGGUCAAGGGAAGCAGCGACAUCAAAACGGGUUUCUCGCUACCAGGCGAUCUGCGGUCAGACACUGGAUCUUGGGCAGAUCUCGAGAUCAAUUUGACAUCGGCUCCGGCUGCGCUUGCCUUUGGUCUGAUUUUCUUGCGGUCUAAUUGCAAGAUGAUCGCCGACGUCAUGGCACCGCCGCAAAUGCCACGUGAUCUCGAUACGCUUCGACCAGAUGUCCUGUUUGUCCAUGUGUUAGCGCGAUCAAUUAUUUUGUGGGACUUGAUUGAGCCCACGAAUGAAUGGCUUCACAGCGUGCUCCCGAGCUGGCUACAGAAACGGAUCGAGAUGGGCAAGUCGAUAUCGGAAGCAGCACAGCUAGCUCAGAUUAACAUGCAGGCGGGCGCGUGCUUUGCCAUCGGACUCAAGUAUGCCGGCUCGAAAGACGCCCAGGCUUGCGAUUGCCUAUGGCAGCAACUGCACACAUUGGACAAACAGGUCAGAGUGCAAACCGUCUCGUUUUUCUCCAAGAUCCGAAAAGCGGCCGUCCAAGCUGCACUGGAUCAAGCGAGGAUGUCGUUGGCUAUGGUGCUCGCUGGAAGUGGCGAUGUGGACUUUCUGCGGCAUCUUCGAAGAGCACAUGGUGACGUUGAUGGCGAUGUGUGCUAUGGCAGUCACAUGGCGACUCACAUGGCGUUGGGAUUGCUGUUCCUCGGUGGAGGUCGUUUCACAUUGGGAACGUCGGAUCUGGGAGUAGCUGCGCUGCUGAUCUCCUUCUUGCCACCGUUUCCGAGGUGGAGCGGGGACAACCGUGCGCAUUUGCAGGUGUUUCGACAUCUGUGGUACCUCGCCAUCGAGCCACGAUUGUUGAUCACUACUGAUGUCGAGACGGAUCAGCUGGUAAGCUUGCCGAUCCAGAUUGCGGGUGUCACCAGUAAGCAAGGUGAUAACGAUGGACGUGCAUUUACACCGUUGCUUCUACCCAAUCGUCCGCUAUCAGGGUUGAUACAGACCGCAACAGACCGAUAUUGGCCAGCGAGCAUCGACAGCAGCACUAUGACCGAUCGCACUGCUGCUACAGCAGCUCUAUCGAAAGCUGCAGCUUCAUCUUUAACCUCACAAAAGCUCUUUGUCAAACGCAAGACAGCUCGUCUGGACUAUCUUGCGGACCCACAUGGUAGCAGAAGCUUGUCAUUGGACGAGACAGUGCCUCUAGACCUUUGCUCCGACUCGAUUCAAUCGGUUGGUCCAGGGCCAGCCGAACUUGGCGAAGCAAUGCGCGGAUUCUCGUCGGCUGGCAAACAGCGUGAAUUGGUACGCAGCUUGUCUCUCCUUUCCGCAGGCGAGGACACCAUGGCACCGGUCGUGCGAGCGGUAGUGAUGGAGUGUCUGACCAUGGACAAGAUGUAUGUGCUGCCAGCGUAUGCUAGCGUUGUUGAGCUGCAGGAACAAGGAGAUUGGCUUGGACGCUAUCGAGAUGUUCGAUUUGCCGACGAGUAUUACCGCAUUCAUCACACAAGACUGUUCGGUGACGAUGCGGAGACACUGGUUCAACCUGGAUUGUUGACUUCAUUACGACGUCUUGCUCAACACCACGUCGAGAACGACUUUGGCUGCAAUGCAGAUGUCCGAGAUGCGAUCACACGGUAUCUCACGUCGGACAUGACCCCGCCGGAAUUCGCCUCGGAUGCCAUCUAUCCGGUACUGAUCGCAAGCGAACUGGACAGCGUGGAAGAAGUACGUAAUCUCGUCAAGUUCAUCUCGGAACAUAUCCGCGCAUCACAAGAGGCAAGUGACGCGGAAAGUACAAGGGCGAGGGUCCGCUUGGUGACGGACGCAGCAUUUGGUGGAGAGAACAGACCGCCUUGGACUAGGUAUAUACUGGACCAUGUUGUGAAGACGCCUUAA